AUGAUAUCACUGGCACAAGAAGUUUUGGAUACCAUAUUAUGGACAUACCACACGAAGAAGCUGAAGCUUGACAACAGUUAUUUCCCAGAGUAUAAAAUGCUGAUGUUGCGACUGCAAUUAUACGGUAUAUUCUCAAAGGGCAACUCAAUGCACAAGGAGCGUGUCUGUGAAGCAGCAGCUAAGCUCCUGAAGACCAGUGAAUAUCUUCAGCUCCCUGACUCUUCUGAGGUACGGGUAUGGGUCCAGUCUGUUAUCCAGAAGUCAUUACUAACUCAUUUAAAUCCAUCUCAAGUUCAAGGUUUGUAUGUACUGGCAUGGGGUCUGGGCAAGUUGAUGGAGAAGCAGGCUCAGUGCUGGUGA